AUGUCUUCCUCAAAUCUUUGGCUUUACGCUUCAUCCCGCCUCCGAGAUCCCACCGUCACAGACGAGGUCUUCAGCCAAUGGUACCAGGAGCAUCAUGUCCCCGAUGUCCUAAAGACAGGCUCCGUGACAAAAGGAGAAUUCUUCCGAGCUCUAGGGCCCCAGAAACAGUUUCGCUGGCUUGCCGCAUACGAUUGCGACGAUUUAGAUUUCAUGGAGCCAGAAAACUUCGCCCGCAUCCCGAAAACACACAGCAUGUUGGGCACGACCAAGUCGUGUUUGGAAAUUGCUGAAUUCGACACAAGAAUCUUCCAGCAACUCUUCGUACUAGAGAACGGGGAGGGGAAUGAGAAGGGGAAUACUGGCCCCGACCGUUAUCUAUUAACCUGUACCUUCCACUGCGACGACAAUGAUUAUGAGGCGCUCGAGCGCCGCUGCAUCGAUGGGGAUAUUCUACAUGCUUUUCCGGGGUCGCGAUGGCUGAAGAUCUCGAGACCGUUCGAGGACGAGGAUACUUAUCUGGGUUUCAUGAUUGUGCAGGCGCUCGGGGAGGUUGAGCCGAAGGAUUUACUUUGCUUGGAAGAUAAGCGGUCGUAUUUGGCGGAGACGCUGGGGCUGGAGAGGCAGUUCUUGCAGCCGCAUUUGUGGGAGCUUUUGAGGAGUUGCGAGAAUGGUUCGUAG